GACUUUAAGUACAAAAUAUAAUAAUAAUUGAAUCGAUUGUAUGAUUGUUUGCCUUCAAAAAGUACUGCACUUUUGAGUACUUAAUCGAUGCGUACUUUCAUUGAAUUAAUUGACAAUCAAUUGAUUAUUGGUUUGAUUUGUUUGAUUGAUUUGUGUCGACAAUCACGACAUCACAACUGAUUUCUUAUUGAAUCUCAUUUGUCAUCUCAUCCGACCAUCGAUUGAUAAUAAUGGGUAAUAAGUCAUCGUUGAUGCUUCAAAGCGAAGAGAUUCUGGCCAUUCAAGCGGAGACCGGAUUCAGUCCAUCGCAGAUCGAAAGACUAUACAGUCGUUUCACUAGUUUAGACAAAGGAGACAACGGGACGCUAUCGCGUGAGGACUUCCUGCGCAUACCAGAGCUGGCCAUCAAUCCGUUGGGCGACCGUAUUGUUCAGGCCUUCUUUGCCCACAACGAUGGCUACGAAGAGAGAAUCAAUUUUAGACAAUUUAUGAGAGUUUUGUCUCGUUUUAGACCAAUUAAGAAGAAUCGCGAAAACAAAUUGAAUUCAAGAGAAGAGAAGCUGAGGUUUGCAUUCAAAAUGUAUGACUUAGACGACGACCAGAAGAUAUCGCGCGAAGAACUAUUAGCUGUUCUACAUAUGAUGGUUGGCUCUAACAUAUCAACAGAACAGUUGUCUAAUAUCGCCGACCGGACUAUAAUGGAGGCCGACAAAGACGGCGACCAAUGCAUCACUUUUGAGGAGUUCUGUACUACUUUGGAGCGAACAGAUGUCGAGGAAAAGAUGUCCAUUAGGUUUCUUCAUUAAUUUUGCCACUGUUUUGUUUGUCCAAUAAUUUGGCCAUAAAGUUGAUGACCAAUGAACUCAAUUACAAUUUUUUAGCUUAAUUUUUAGACAUAAUUCUCAAACUAUUUGUUAAAAUUUUUAAAUUUUACUCUAAAUUAAUAUAAUAGUUACCAAUAUUUUAGAUUUUAUGUUAUAGUUUUGGUUUAUUUGCAUUUGUAAUUCAAAACUAUCAUAUAUAUACACAUAUA